CCACCAACUCGUGGUCGGCCACGCGCACAAAUCGAUGGCACCUCCAUCACACGUCAGUAGUAAAAAGAUAAAUGGUGUGCCUCCAGAGCGACAAUGGUGAUGUGAAUCUGUCUCUUUUGUAUGUGUUUCUCGUCCAGCCAACCUUCAAAGCCUGUCAGUUGCCGUUAUCGUCACAAAGUUGAGCAUUCCCACGAUAUGCAGCCACCAUGCAUGGAACCAGUGCUGUUCAUUUUCGCCUAUCUGCCGCUUCAUCUCAACGAUCGGAUCCAUCAUGCAGUCCUCGUUGCUCGACAAAUCCAUGGUCGCAGAAUGACGGUCCUGACGCCCGAAAGGUAAACUCGACUGGGACGAGAUUGAGGAGUGGACGUCCGCGCAGGCAGAUGCGAUCCGUCAAGUUCAACGAGACCUUCAUGACCCGCCAUUCCCCCUCCAAACGGGUCGAACUCCAAGACCGCCGCGUUCUGAAGAUUGCUACGGCCAAGCAGAGACGUGCGUAUAUGUCCGCAGCCUUCACGGAAGCUGCUUUGAGUAAGAAGAGGGGGAUGGAGGAGGCGAAGUAUGCGGUGAAGGGGGCGAGGAGGGCAAGGUUGAGGGCGUUUGCUAUUGCUCAGGUCAACCAUCGUGAGCUUAAGGGCACGCCAGCUAUAACUGACCUGCCAAGCCCGCGAGCAAAGUAUCCGAACACGCACCUCCCUUCAUCCUCCGCCGGCUAAUGUCUUUUCUUGGCACACCUUCGAACAUGGCUUUCUCACGUUUCUCGCUUCAGCAUCCCAACUCGUCUCUUUUAUCAGAUCCGUUCCGCGCGCUUAAGCGAGUGGGCUUGGCGCUAAACAAACACUACGGGAAUGUGGCCGACAGAUCAGAUAAUGCGUCCCUGAACUUUUGCGAGAGAAAGGCGGCUGUUUGGUGCAUGAUCUGAUAAAAGUUCAGAGUGAGAGGAGCCGGUGUGAGUUUUUCAUUUGGGGUGGCCGUGGGAUCAUUGCUCCGCAUUGGCGAAU